UGGAAUAGGGCUGCAAGUCACGGUUCUUAGUAGCCGAGGAUAUUAGCAUUAACCGCACACCAAGAGGGAGAGCUGUGUUAAUCCUGCUGUCAUUUGCUGUUUAGACAGCAUUGUAAGUGCACAGAGACUCGCAGAGUAAAAACGGCAGAUCUAUGGUUGGAAUUGAGCGUCUUCUUCGCCAAUGCAAAAGGAAAUAUGCAGCGCAGUUUUGCCUUCUUCUACACCAGCUUUCUGGGGGUGGUUUUAGGUGUAAAUUUUCCAAAUAAUAUUAAUAUAGGGGGUUUAUUUCCCUCCGAUUCCCACGAACAUGCUGCCUUUCGGUUUGCAAUGUUUCACCACAAAGACAUUCCAAAACUGCAGCCCCAGGUGGAUAUGGUGGAUAUCAAUAACAGCUUUGCAAUGACAUAUGCUUUUUGUUCGCAGUUUUCAAAAGGAGUCUACGCCAUCAUUGGAUUGUACGACAAAAAGACUGUAAACAUGCUCAUGUCCUUCUGCGGAGCCCUGCACGUCUGCUUUGUUACACCAAGUUUUCCCAUCGAAACGUCAAACCAGUUUGUCAUGCAGUUACGGCCGGAGUUACAGGAUGCCCUGGUCAGCGUAAUUGACCAUUACAAAUGGACAAAAUUUGUGUAUAUUUACGAUGCAGAGGCAGGACUGACGGUUCUACAGAAAGUGCUGGACACUGCUGCAGAGAUGAACUGGCAGGUCACCUCCGUGAACGUGGAAACCACCACCGAGGACGGCUACAGGAAACUCUUUCAAGAUCUGGACAAGAAAAAGGAGAGGCAGAUUGUCCUCGACUGUGAGCUGGACAGACUCAACGCUAUUUUAAACCUGAUCAUCAGCUUAGGAAAGCAUGUGAAAAGCUAUCACUACAUCUUUGCCAACUUGGGAUUCAUGGACAUUGACUUGAAUCAUUUCAAGCAUGGCGGAGCCAAUGUGACUGGGUUUCAAGUGAUGAAUUACACAGAUCGGAAUGUCAACAGGAUCAUGCAGCAGUGGCUAGAGUUUGAUAGUAGAGAGCAUCCCAGGGAACCCAGGAAGAGGCUCAAGUAUACAGGAGCGCUUACCUUUGACGGUGUCAGAGUCAUGUCUGAGGCCUUUCAGAACUUGAGGAAGCAGCGAAUUGAUAUUUCUCGAAGAGGGAACGCUGGUGACUGUCUUGCCAACCCUCCUGCACCAUGGGGCCAGGGGAUAGACAUUCAGAGAGCACUGCAGCAGGUUCGUAUAGAAGGCAUGACUGGAAAUAUUCAGUUUAACGAGAAAGGACAUCGCACCAAUUAUACCAUCCAUGUGAUGGAGUUGGCACCUAUUGGAGCUAAGAGGGUAGGGUAUUGGAAUGAAGACGAUAAGUUUGUGAGCACAGAGUCAGACUCCCAUGCAGGAAAUGAAUCUACUGGGUUACAAAAUAGGACCUACAUCGUAACGACUAUUCUAGAAGCUCCCUAUGUAAUGCUGAAGAAGAACCAUGAGCAAUAUGAAGGCAAUGAGAAGUAUGAAGGCUACUGUGUCGAGUUGGCGGCGGAAAUUGCCAAGCAUGUUGGCUACAAAUACAGACUAGAAAUUGUACCAGAUGGGAAAUAUGGAGCCAGAGACCCAGACCACAAAGUCUGGAAUGGCAUGGUGGGAGAGCUGGUCUAUGGUAGAGCAGACGUUGCAGUUGCACCCUUGACCAUCACGUUGGUAAGAGAAGAGGUAAUUGACUUCUCCAAGCCGUUCAUGAGCCUGGGCAUUUCAAUCAUGAUCAAGAAGCCUCAGAAGUCUAAGCCAGGGGUGUUUUCCUUCCUGGACCCCUUAGCCUAUGAGAUUUGGAUGUGCAUCGUCUUUGCCUACAUUGGGGUCAGUGUAGUGCUCUUCCUGGUCAGCCGUUUCAGCCCCUACGAGUGGCACUGUGAGGAGUUUGAGGAGGGGCAGGAUCAGCAGCAGCAGAGCCAGGAGCUGCAAACCAACGAGUUUGGGAUAUUUAACAGUCUGUGGUUCUCCCUGGGGGCCUUUAUGCAGCAAGGAUGCGAUAUUUCGCCAAGAUCCCUCUCUGGUCGCAUCGUUGGAGGCGUGUGGUGGUUCUUCACCUUGAUCAUAAUCUCAUCCUACACGGCCAACUUGGCUGCCUUCCUGACGGUGGAGAGGAUGGUCUCCCCAAUUGAGAGUGCUGAAGACCUUGCCAAACAGACUGAUAUUGCAUACGGAACUCUAGAUGGCGGAUCCACAAAGGAAUUCUUUAGGAGAUCCAAAAUAGCAGUGUUUGAAAAGAUGUGGUCAUACAUGAAGUCUGCAGAGCCGUCGGUCUUUGUUAAGACAACGGAUGAAGGAGUAAUCCGGGUAAGAAAAUCCAAAGGAAAGUAUGCCUAUUUGCUGGAGUCCACUAUGAACGAAUACAUCGAACAGAGGAAACCUUGUGACACCAUGAAGGUGGGAGGCAACCUGGAUUCAAAAGGAUAUGGAAUAGCGACACCCAAAGGAUCUCCAUUAAGAAACCCAGUUAACCUGGCAGUGUUAAAACUGAACGAGCAGGGGCUCUUGGACAAAUUGAAAAACAAAUGGUGGUACGACAAAGGAGAGUGCGGCAGCGGGGGAGGUGAUUCCAAGGACAAGACCAGUGCCCUGAGCCUUAGUAAUGUGGCUGGAGUCUUCUACAUCCUUAUUGGUGGGCUGGGACUAGCCAUGCUGGUCGCCUUGGUUGAAUUCUGUUACAAGUCACGAAGUGAUUCAAGGCGAAUGAAGCAUAACAUCAAUGAAGCCAUGAGUUCAACACUAACCAGAAUGAGUGGAACAGAGAGCGGAGGUGAGAAUGGGAGGAUAAUGAGCCAUGAUUUUCCAACGUCAAUGCAGACACUGCCUUGCAUGAGCCACACUGCUGGGAUGGGACUAAGUGCUACUGGACUGUAACAUGGAUGAACAGGACAGCAAACUGGGUUUUCUAGAAAUCUACUGCCAGAAGGACAAUGGGCUUAUAAAAAAAAAAAACUACAUUAAAAAGUACUAAGAACUUAAAAGAUUUACUUUUCUAAACAAAAAUGUUUGUUUAAAAACGAUCAUGCUCUGCAAUAAAGAAGACAGCUGGAUUCAUUAGGUAUACAUUUACGUGUAUGUCGCACAAGGAAUCAAUCUGAAAUGAAGGUAGGGCUGUACCAGUUGUAUAUGUUUACUUAAAUUCAUGGUGUGUAAUAUAUUGGUUUGUAUUAUCAGUGUUAAAUAACAUUGUCUGCCUUCUCUAAUGCUUUCUUUUUACAUUUAAUUUUAAAUGUGAUUAUAUAUUGUUUUUUUUUGUUGUAGUCAAAAGUAGUACAAACAAAUAAUAGUAAUAAUUUUAACAGUCCGCCAUUGAUCCCCCCAUCCUUGAUAAACUAUUUUCUUAAAGAUGGCGUUUUGCAGAACUUUAAAAUAUGGGUGGCAUAUUUUUAAGUGUCAUUAAUAACAAUGUAUUAACACACACUUGUUACAUAGUACUACAAUGUAUAAUUACAGUACUAAAUUAAGCUUUUCUAGCUUGUUAGAACUUUUGACAAUAACUACACAACAUUAGUAAUUACAUUUAGACGCUAUAAUUAUUGUUGCGUAAAACUAGAACCCCUGUAUUGCGCUUCUGUUGUCUGUCAACUGCUGGUAAUCCAGUCGUCGCAGCAUUCAAAACAGAUCUCCUUCCUUGCAUGGUGUGAUUGAGUAGAGCACUGCCAUACCACAGUGCCACCUACUGACCGAAAUCUACUGUGUUGCUGUACCUGUAAUAGAGAAUGAAUUGUGUAUCCCCCAAAACACAAUGGAGUUUAAACAGCAAACUCUCUAUCGACGUUAAUUACAUUCCACCAACUCAAGUUCAUGAGUUAUCACUGGCCAAAGAAAGUGUUUGUCUGAGAAGGAGAUGAAAACCAAACAGAAUGUGUCUCCCUUGAUGGGGAGAAGUCUUAAUAAAAUGUGGGAUUGAAUUAUUCAUUAUAAAGGAGAAGGAUUAAGAUUUUAUCUUAUUUUAAAAUCAGAUAAAAUAGCCCCAACUUUAUAGUAUUUUUUUUUUUUCCCAAAAGGCUGUGGAGCCAAACCAAACAGAUUAUUCAGGGCAUUUUAAAGCUACUAAGUGUCCAUACAGUGACAAGUCAUAAGACGGGACAGUCUGAACAUUUACUGCUUUGGAGUUUUGUGCUGUUUUUAAAGGCUACCUCGAUAGACUCAAUUAACUUAUUUGAUAGAAAUAACACUAUGUAACACAAUUUUUGUUCCUGGGUAGUAAGUGUUAUUUCCUAAUUGCUCAU